GACAGUAAUCAAGGUCUCGGCCAGGAUGGGUAACAUAGGUCAGCCCGUCGGCCUUUCUCCCUUUCUCCCUCUCCUCUCUUCGUCUCUAUGCAUACCUACCUGCCUACCUACCUUACCUAUCCUCCAGACUUACCUACGUACAUACAUACAACGGCGAUGCAUUUCAGGCAUGAAGGAAAAGAAAAAUCACGGAUGGGCCAGGUCGUCCGAUCGGGUCAGGGAAGCUGCCCAUGUAUAUGGGUUUUCUGCUUACCCGUAGGUGGGAUUUUACCACAUCCAGCCUUAUGCAUCACCUACCACACGUCGUUGGGAGGUACGUGGCUGUUUCUGGUUUCUUCCUCGCAUGAUUCAUCGCUCACGCACCCACGGACGGUAGGGGAGGGGACGGGGGACGGGGAUUGUUUCUCACUCUCGUCCUCAUUCUCCUCCCUCCCUCCUCCAUUUCCACGAGUCCUGAAUCUCAAGAGACCAGACCAGACCAGACCAGGCCCGGCCAGGCCAAGGGAGGGUUUUUUUCCCCCUUCUCUUUCCUUUCGUCUUUUCCUCCUCCUCCCGUCU